AGUGGCCCGAGGUAGCCAGGGAUGGACCUCCUAAGACUCUCCCGGCUCUUUUUUGGCCCCUACCCUGUAGGACUGUCUGUCCUUCAACGCCUGGAUCUUCUCGGAUCUACUCGAUGGACAGGAAGCAGGGAGGGACCUGCAUGGCUGAGGGCUGCCUCCCGCAGCUCUUCCUCCCACCAGAAGAGAAUGAGCAGCCUCUGCUCUGACUCCAGUAAGCUCAGCACUGUGGCGCCUCAGGAGGAGGAAGAAGAAGAGAGCUUUGGGACCAUCUCUGAGAAAUUCUCCUCCCGGAGAAUAUUCCACAAAUCAACAGCCCAGCUCUAUAACCUGAAACUCAAGGAGCAAGGUGUUGAGGAAGAAGAACUGGAGCCCAGACUGUGGCAGGGCCGGAGGAACACUCCAUACUGGUACUUCCUUCAGUGCAAACGUCUGAUCAAGGAAGGAAAGCUUGCAGAGGCCCUGGAUCUGUUUGAGAGGCAGAUGCUGAAGGAAGAGCGUUUGCAGCCUCUGGAGUGCAACUACACGGUGCUGAUCGGGGGCUGCGGGCGCGUCGGGUACCUGAAGAAGGCCUUCAGGCUCUUCAAUGAUAUGAAGAAGAGAGACCUGGAGCCCUCAGAUGCCACAUACACAGCCCUGUUCAAUGUCUGUGCGGAGUCGCCCUGGAAGGACUCUGCCCUGCAGAGUGCACUGAAGCUCCGACAGCAGCUCCAGGCCCAAAACUUCCAGCUCAACCUGAAGACGUAUCACGCCCUACUGAAGGUGGCAGCCAAGUGUGCGGACCUCAGGGUGUGCCUGGAAGUCUUCAAGGAAAUCAUCCAAAAGGGACAUGCAGUCACAGAGGAGACCUUCUGUUUUCUGCUCAUGGGCUGCAUCCAGGACAAGAAGACAGGCUUCCGGCAAGCCAUGCAGGUGUGGCGGCUGAUGCUGAGUCUGGGGAUCAAACCAAGUAGGCAUGGCUACAACCUCCUGCUGGGGGCAGCUCGAGACUGUGGUCUAGGGGACCCAGAGGUUGCCUCCAGGCUGCUCCUGACGUACCAGGAAGAGACCAUCCUGCUCCAGCCCCCAACAGGCAGGCGUCUGGCAGGAGGGAAAGUCCAGGCCAAGACAAGGCAUGGUGUGUCAGUCAAACAUGUGGAAGCACUCGAGAGGCAGCUGUUUCUGGAACCUUCUCAGAAAGUCGAGGGGCCACCAGCCUUUCCUGAGGCCAGGGAAACAAGCAGGACCCAGCCUGAGGUAGAAACCAAGGCAGAACCUGGCCACAUGGGAGCCCUCGCCCCACUGGCCCUGAAGCCUCCCCACUUGGAGCUUCAAGUCAAUCUCCUAAGUGUUGGGGCUCUGUCUCCUGCUGUGCUCUCCUUUGGGACAGUGGCCACACCUGCUGAUAGGCUGGCUUUGAUGGGGGGCCUGGAAGGCUUCCUGGGCAAGAUGGCAGAGCACGGGCUCCAGCCAGACAUCAAAACCCUUACUCUGCUAGCUGAGGUGGUGGAACCUGGGAGCCCCGCAGAGUCCUCGCUGCUGUCCAUCCUGGACAGGCAUAGACUGGAGGCUGACAUAACCUUCUUCAACACACUGAUAAGGAAGAAGAGCAAGCUGGGAGACCUGGAGGGAGCCAAGGCACUGUUGCCAAUUCUGGCAAAGAAGGGAAUUGUCCCCAAUCUGCGGACUUUCUGCAGUCUGGCCAUUGGGUGCCAUCGACCCAGGGAUGGCAUGCAGCUGCUUGCAGACAUGAAGAAGUCCCAAGUGACCCCAAACACCCACAUCUACAGCACCCUUAUCAACGCAGCCCUCAAGAAGCUGGACUACACCUACCUCAUCAGCAUCCUGAAGGACAUGAGGCAGAACAGCGUCCCAGUGAACGAAGUGGUCAUCCGCCAGCUGGAGUUCGCAGCCCAGUACCCUCCCACCUUUGACAGGUACAAAGAAAAAAACACCUACUUGGAGAAGAUUGAUGGCUUUCGGGCUUAUUACAAGCAGUGGCUGAAAGUGAUGCCAGCAGAGGAGCCCCCCCACCCCUGGCAGGAGUUCCGGGACAAGCCUGUCCGGGACCAAGUCAUCACUGAGAAUGCUGAAGGCCUCAGGGAUGGAUGACAAGCAUGCUGCUAGGACAAGUACCCAGCCUUCGCACUGCUGCUGGAGCCCAGGAGUCCCUUUAGAAGCCAAGAUUACUCCAGAGGCGCCAUAGCAUUUCACAGGCAUAGGUGUAAGGACAAAUGCUGGGCUCGGGGCGCUCACACCUAGCAGGCCUCAGAUCAGGCCAAGACAUGUUGACGGACAACGACACAGAGCCAUUCCCUGCAUUCCACAGCCUGCUGCUCUGAAAGUAAGACUGUAGCUAAGAGGUCUAAAGGUUUUAUUUUUACAGAUCUCAGCUGGUGAACACUAAAGCUGUCACCUGUAGAGCUCAUGCUUCCCCUGGGUCUUUUCUCUGAGUGCCACUCUGAGAAGAGUUGCUUCAGGAGGCAGUGGCCCAAUAAGCAGGAGCCCAAGGUCCAAAGUCCAAGAUGCAGAGGAGUCAGGGGCAUCAGUCAGCCAGAGCAACCCCGGCAGCCACAGUGCGUGCACUCGAUGAUGCGACCCUGUAAGAGAAGAGGACCGUUUGAAUACACUGCUUCAGCCAUGCACACUCUUACAGGAGCCUAGAGGAACACUCCCUCCCAGAGCAUCUUUACCAGACACUUCUAGCUGGGCAUUUCGGCUCCUUUGUGAAAUGGAAAGUUACUACCAGGCUAAAGUCAGUGUCUGUGUGCAGCUGCUGUAACAAGCCAAAUUUACCACAAAGAAUGGUGGGUCUGCUGCUACACUGAGAGCUAAAGCCUGAGUUCUUGAGGCUACUGGGACACUGGAGCAAUGUAUUUUAUCUCCUUUUCUGGAAACCAUAAGCCCAUUCUAAACAAAUAAAGUUCUCUGGUGAAGCUGUUA